UGCUACACAGAAGAAUUGAGGUAAACUACAAAGUAGUGGCUAUAAGAGAUUCCGAUCGAAACACUUUGUCAUUACGCAUGGACCUCGGUAAACCAGGGAAUGGUCCUCAAGCAGUAUAUCUAUGUAAAACUCAGCCAUCUGAUUCCAAGGUACUGAAGAUAUCUCAAAAUAAAAGUAAAACAGGGGGGUCUUGAGCUGCACUCGAGCGCUAGGAACCAAUUACAGAGUCAGGCCACCAAAUCAGACCAAUAGUCUAGGCCAGGGAAGGCAACAAGCGCCGAUCAAUCCAUCAAGUAGCAUACCAGCAGCCGACCAAUCCAGCACCUGCAACAAGAGAAACAAAAGACAGAGAGGCCGAGAAGUUUCAACCGUGAGCCCCCUCUGUCACCCACAUUCCAUUUGAAUCCAAACAGACACAAACCAGGGUCGUAUUCGACCCGACCCGGCCCGAACCUGAUCAGAUCUAGAUGGGCAGAGGGCGUCGCUCGGCAGAAGCACUAAAGCAGUAGAUUCGAAAGUAGCGAUGCAUGACAACAUUUUCUAUAUAUAUUACCCAUAUGGUGCUUCCAACUCUCCUAGUGCAGAGAACUCACGGGAGAGACCGUCUAGACAAGAGACGAAACGGAUGGCUACUAAAACUGCAAUUCUUGUUCCCAUUUUAUUUGGGUUCGCUUGGUCUCUCCUGUCCUCCUCCUUCUUGGGAGCUUCUGCAGCCGGAGGCCAAGGCGAGGCGGACGGCAUCUUCGGGAGGACCCUCAACCAGAAGAAGCUGCUGGGCUCAAGGAAGGAGAAGCUCAGCCACUUCAAGCUCUACUGGCAUGACGUUGCCAGCGGCAAGAACCCCACUUCUAUCUCGGUGGUUAAACCCAUCAAUGGCUCGCAGACCUUCUUCGGGGCAGUCAACAUGAUUGACAAUGCCCUAACGCUAGGCUCGGACCCGAGCUUGAAGCUGGUAGGCCGUGCCCAGGGGUUCUACGCCCAGACGGCCCAAGACCAGGUGGACCUACUGAUGGCCAAGAACUUCGCCUUUGUGGAAGGCAAAUACAAUGGCAGCUCCAUCACCGUUCUCGGUCGCAACCCCGUGUUUGAUGCCGUGAGGGAGAUGCCUGUGGUUGGCGGCAGCGGCCUCUUCCGCUUUGCCCAUGGAUACGCCCAGCUCCGAACCCACACCUUCGAUCUAAAGACCGGCAACGCCACAGUCGAGUACAAUAUUUACGUUUUUCAUUACUGAUGAGGUGCCCCAGCACGGUGUUGAUUUUUUGCGGUUUUCUCGGAAAAAUAACUAGUGUUGUGUUAGCUAGACAAUAGCUACUAGGGUUACUGAUCGAGGCGUAUUAUUAUUCGUGAUAAAUUAGACGUCCUAACUCUUACGCAAUAUCUUUCUGGUAAACUUUAUAUCAAGAAUAACAGAGUUCAAAUCCAAUUGGAGACUUAUG